AUGCCCAUCCUCUCUAACUAUCCUUUGGUCGACAUCCCAGAAGUGGACCUCUGGACCUUUUUAUUUGAGCGCACUGAUAGAGCAUAUCCAGAUGACAAGAUUCUCUACCAAGAUGCUGAUACUCAACGCUAUUAUACAUACAAAUCGCUACGCGAUGCCUCGCUAAAUUUCGGCAAUGGCCUGAAAGCCCUAUAUGAGUGGAGCAAGGGCGAUGUACUGGCCCUUUUCACACCAAACAGCAUCGACACGCCCAUCGUGAUGUGGGGCACACUUUGGGCCGGCGGAAUUAUCUCGCCUGCGAACCCGGGCUACACGGUGGACGAGUUGGUCUUCCAGCUCAAGAAUUCCCAUGCCAAGGGACUUGUCACGCAAGUUUCGGUGCUGUCUGUUGCACGGGAAGCCGCGAAGAAAGUCGGCAUGUCUGAGGACCGCAUAAUUCUGAUUGGGGACCAGCGGGAUCCCGGUGCGCGGAUCAAACAUUUCAGCUCUGUGCGUAAUAUCUCUGGUGCUACCCGCUACUGUAAGCAAAGGAUUACUCCUGCAAAGGAUGUGGCGUUUUUGGUUUACUCCUCUGGGACUACGGGUGUCCCCAAAGGUGUCAUGCUGUCGCAUCGAAAUAUCGUUGCCAAUAUUAGACAGCAGUUCACUGCUGAGGGUAGAGAGCUGCGUUGGGAUGGUGGUCCUGAUGGAAAGGGUGAUAGGGUCCUGGCAUUUUUACCGUUCUAUCACAUCUAUGAGAAGUGGUGUGCUCACGUGCAGAACUACCGCUGCUCGUUCAGUUACCUCGUCCCUCCCGUGGUGCUAUUGCUAGGUAAGCACCCGGUGGUCGACAAAUACGACCUCUCAAGUCUUCGCAUGAUGAACUCCGGGGCGGCCCCGCUCACGCAAGAGCUGGUGCAGGCAGUCUACUCCCGCAUCAAGGUUGGCAUCAAGCAGGGCUACGGACUCAGCGAGACCAGCCCAACUACCCACUCCCAGCAGUGGGGGGACUGGCGCGAAGCCAUGGGAUCCGUUGGUCGUUUGAUGCCUAAUAUGCAAGCCAAGUACAUGACUAUGCCGGAGGAUGGAUCUGAACCUAAGGAGGUUGCUGAGGGAGAGGUUGGCGAGUUGUAUCUGAGUGGACCUAACGUUUUCCUGGGCUAUCACGAGAACCCGGAGGCUACCAAGGGCUGUUUGUCCGAGGACGGGUGGUUCCAAACUGGUGAUGUUGGGUACCAGGACGCCAAGGGCAACUUCUACAUUACCGACCGUGUCAAGGAGCUUAUAAAGUAUAAGGGCUUUCAGGUGCCUCCUGCUGAGCUAGAAGGAUAUCUGGUUGACAACGAUGCUGUUGAUGACGUUGCUGUCAUUGGUAUUGAGAGUGAGGCACAUGGUGUGAAGGACGAGGCAGCGAACAUUAUCAAAUGGCUGGAUAGCAAGGUCGCCAGCCACAAGCGUCUGCGUGGUGGUGUGCAGUUCGUGGACGAGAUCCCCAAGAACCCCAGUGGGAAGAUCCUGCGUCGGAUUCUGAAGCAGAGGCUCAAGGGCGUGGCCGAGGCACCCAAAGCCAAGCUGUAA